GACUGGAAUUUUCCAGAGGAUUCGACCGUUGCUCCGCCAAGCCCACAGCGACACUCGUUACCUAACAAGCGACGACGACAGACGGAUCAACCCGGACGAAGACUUCUCUUUUGCAAUAACACGGCUAAAACUUACACAUUUUAAUAUUAUUCAGUUUUAUUCGUAAUAUAUAUACUUGAUAUACUUUUUUAAGGUUACUUACCUUGAAUCGUUUACAUCGACGUUAUCACCAGAACAAAGCUACAGUCCACACGCUUGUGACCGUAAACAUAAAAAAUGGCCAAGGGAGAAGUAGCACACUCUGAAAUGGCCUACGAUCGUCAAAUUGAUGGCAUUAAGGUCAUCUUUGACCAGAGCAGCCCGGUCCCUUCUCGCUCCCGAUCCAGGAGCAGCAGUGGCAGCAAACCCUCCUCUGGCUCCGGCCGCUCCAGGGCCCGCGUUAGCCGCAGGAGGCGCUACAGAUCAUCAUCCAGCAGCAGCAGCAGCUCGUCUCAUUCCAGGUCCCGCUCUCACCCUCGAUGCCACAGACCUUCUUCCCGCUGUCGCUGUGACAAACAUCGCAGACAUGGUCGUAGCCGCCAAUCCCCACCACGCCGCGAAAGGGCCGAAGGCUCCAGGUCCUCCAGCCACAAGAACAAGAGGGCUGCUAGCCCCUCUUCCCAAUCCCCACCCAGAACCCACAGAGACAGCUCAAGAUCUGGAUCUUCAGAGCAUUCUGUCAGCCUGAGAUUGGAUGACAAAGGAGAACUGGUCAGAGCUGCAAAGGCCAUUGCAACAACACUCCUAGCCGUGGAAAAGCAGGAACUUCAUGAGAGUGUGAAACCAGUCCAAGAGUUCAAACGGGUGUCGCUAGAUACAUGGGUGAGACAAGAACCCGAAAAGACUCAGUCACAGAGCGAUGAGGAGGACUCUGAUGAUGUAUUCAGCCGCAGGAUGUCCCCAAAAAGGAAAACCAUCUCUUUCAGCAUUAAUAACUCUUUGGUGAAACCCACACUGGCGGCUCAGUCUGGAGCUAAGGUAACCUCCAGAGUGGACAGCUUUGACAGCAGGAAGCCCUACGGUCACUGGGUCCGGGUCAAAUCAGGCAAAUCUUUGAAUGCGCGCAAACACACAUUCUCCACAACACACUAGUGUGUCAGAGUGCAUGGACACUGUAAAUACUGUACAUAUUUUGUACAUAUGCUUCACCAUUUUACAGUCGCAAUUUUUUUCAGAUGUUGAAAGAGUAAAGUGGGAACAACUGAAGAAAUUCAUUCAGGUGGGAUAUUUCUUUCCCUUUGUUGUAUAUUGUGCUUUUUUUCAAUAAAGAUGUUUAUUUGAUAAAAAAA